UUUUAGUAUUGCUCUCUGAUUUUAUGAAUGCAUUAGCUUCAGCAGGGAUACCGCGAGGAUCAGAGAAAGUGAAACUGCCGCAGUUUGGCGCGUAUGAGAUUGUAACUCCGGCCAGAGUGAAUGAAGCCGGUGACACACUGCCAACGGGCGUGCACUUCAAGAGGAGAAAGCGGAGUACCGACCCAGUUACCGGCAACAUCUCCCAUCAUUGGACCUCACCGCAAGUCUAUUAUCAAAUAUCUGCCUUUGGCCAGGACUAUUACCUUAAUCUUACGCUCGAGUCGGGAUUUAUUGCGCCAGUUUACACUGUCACGAUACUCGGAGCAUCCAGUGAAGGUAAUAAUUCAGAAGAGGGGGAGGAGGAGGACACGGAGUAUCAGCACUGCUUUUAUAAAGGACAUGUGAACGCUGGGCAGGAGCAUACUGCAGUAAUCAGCCUCUGCUCCGGUUUGCUUGGCACUUUCAGGUCACAAGAAGGGGAGUUUUUUGUAGAGCCCCUUCAUAGCUACAAUGGUCAACAUUAUGAAGAAGAACACAUCAAACCUCAUGUCGUGUACAGAAAAGAUGCCUCAAAAAAGGCUGUAGAUGAUGCAACUACAUGUGAAACUUCAGGACAUAAAGAGCCACACCGCAGACACAGGAACAGACUGAAGAGAAAGUCGCCCUCAAGCUGGUUGUCCAACCUGGAGACUCUUAAUUCCAAACUCUUCUCUGCCCCCUUCCCCUCAGAAAACAAGCACAACUCCACUAAUGAAAGCAGUGACUCCAAGCCGCACCGGAGAUCAAAGCGUUUCCUCUCCUACCCCCGUUUUGUUGAAGUCAUGGUUGUGGCAGACAGUAAGAUGGUAGAACAUCAUGGAAGCAACCUCCAGCACUACAUUCUUACACUGAUGUCCAUCGUUUCCUCCAUCUAUAAGGAUCCCAGCAUUGGAAACCUGAUUAACAUUGUUAUUGUGAAGCUGGUCAUCAUAAAGAAUGAGCUGGAUGGUCCCACUAUUUCUUUCAAUGCACAAGCCACUUUGAAAAACUUCUGCAUAUGGCAGCAGGGUCAGAACCAUCCGGAUGACAACCAUCACUCACAUCAUGACACCGCCAUUCUAAUCACAAGGCAGGACAUCUGUCGAGCACGAGGCAAGUGUGACACUUUAGGUCUUGCUGAACUGGGUACAGUUUGUGAUCCCUACAGAAGUUGCAGUAUUAAUGAGGAUAAUGGACUCAGUACUGCUUUCACCAUUGCUCAUGAGCUUGGCCAUGUGUUCAACAUGCCUCACGAUGACAGUAACAAAUGCAAAGAGGAUGGAGUCAAGAACCGGCAACAUGUGAUGGCCCCUACGCUCAACUAUUACACCAAUCCAUGGAUGUGGUCCAAAUGUAGUCGGAAAUACAUCACAGAGUUCCUUGACACAGGGUAUGGUGAGUGCUUGCUCGAUGAGCCAGUUUCUAGGCCAUACAGUUUGUCCCAGCAGCUGCCAGGACAGAUAUACAGUGUCAAUAAACAAUGUGAGCUGAUAUUUGGGUCUGGGACACAGGUGUGCCCAUAUAUGACACAGUGCAGGAGGUUGUGGUGCACCAGUCCAGAAGGAGUCCAGCGUGGCUGUCGGACCCAACACAUGCCAUGGGCCGAUGGGACGGAGUGUUCUCCAGGAAAGCAUUGUAAACAUGGCCUGUGCAUCCAUAAAGAGCAUGAAUCUGUUCCAGUUGAAGGGGCCUGGGGCAGCUGGAGUCCCUUUGGCACAUGCUCAAGGACCUGCGGAGGGGGAAUCACAGUUCUGAUGAAGGAUCGCUGUAAGCUAUUCUGUCGUGUGGCGGGCAGUACAGCUUACUACCAACUCAGGGACAGAGUUAUUGAUGGCACGCAGUGCGGGCCUGACACCAAUGACAUCUGUGUGCAAGGCCUGUGCAGGCAAGCAGGAUGUGACCACGUGUUGAACUCCAAAGCCAGGAGAGAUAAGUGUGGAGUGUGUGGUGGGGAUAACUCAUCUUGCAAGACUGUGGCAGGAACGUUCAACAUAGUGCAUUAUGGUUACAAUGUUGUGGUGCGAAUUCCCAGCGGUGCUACAAACAUAGAUGUGAGACAACACAGCUAUUCAGGGAAACCAGAGGACGAUAACUACCUCGCCUUGUCCAACGGCCGUGGAGAAUAUUUACUUAAUGGAGAUUUUGUGGUCAGUAUGUUUAAAAGGGAAGUCAGAGUAGGGAAUGCUGUUAUUGAAUACAGCGGCUCUGACCAUGUUGUUGAGAGAAUCAACUGCACUGACCGCAUAGAAGAGGAGAUUAUUAUCCAGGUGCUAUCCGUAGGUAACCUCUACAACCCUGAUGUCAGGUAUUCCUACAAUAUUCCGAUAGAGGACAAACCUCAGCAGUUUUUCUGGGAUGCGUACGGCCCGUGGCAGGAUUGCAGUCUUUUGUGCCAAGGAGAGCGCAAGAGGAAGAUCAUGUGCAGUCGUGAGUCGGAUCGAGUGGUUGUGUCUGAUCAGCGGUGCCAUGGCUCUCCCAAACCAGCUGUGAUCUCUGAGCCAUGCAACACAGACUGUGAGCUCAGGUGGCAGGUUGUUCACAAAAGCGAGUGUACAGCCAUAUGUGGUCUGGGUUUCCGGACUUUGUACAUUUACUGCAUCAAACAGAGCAGGUUGGAUGGGAAAACCCAAAAGGUUGACGACCGGUAUUGCAGCAGCCAGCGCAAGCCUGAAGACAAGGAGAUGUGCCAUGGAGACUGCAACCCUGGUGGAUGGGAGUACUCCCUCUGGUCUGAGUGCUCCAGGAGCUGUGGAGGAGGAGCACGUGGUAGGAGUGCGGUAUGUGGAAAGUCAGCUGAUGACGAAAGCAAGUGCAACCCACAAGAAAAGCUCACAGUUCAGCCUUGUAAUGAGUUUCUGUGUCCUCAAUGGAAAACUGGAGACUGGUCUGAGUGUUUAGUGACAUGUGGCAAGGGCUAUAAGCACCGCCAGACUUGGUGUCAGUUUGGAGAAGAGCGUUUGGAUGACCGUUUCUGUGACUCAUCCAAACCAGAGUCGGUACAGGCCUGCCAACAGCAAGAAUGUGCAUCCUGGCAGGUGGGACCCUGGGGACAGUGUACCACCACAUGCGGCCCGGGCUAUCAGAUGAGAGCUGUGAAGUGUGUGGUUGGCUCAUACGGCUCUGUCAUGGAUGACUCUGAAUGUAAUGCAGCAACACGUCCAACGGACACUCAGGACUGUGAACUCUCGCAGUGCCCUGUCACUCAUCCUGUUGCCCCAGAGACCAAAGUGAUAUCAUAUCCUAGUCAUAAAACACAGUGGCGCUUUGGAUCUUGGACACAGUGCAGUGCCACCUGUGGGAAGGGCACCCGGAUGCGCUACGUAAGUUGCCGUGACCAGCAGGGUGGAGUAGCAGAGGAAUCAGCCUGCUCCGAUCUUCCAAAACCUCCUGCUAGUGAGGUUUGCUCCAUAGUGGCGUGCGGACAGUGGAAGGUUCUGGAAUGGACUGCGUGCUCCGUAUCCUGUGGUCAGGGUACAACUACACGGCAAGUAGUGUGCAUGAACAUCAGCGAUCAAGUUGUGGAUAUGAGUGAGUGUGACCCAGAUGAUCAACCAGCAACAGAGCAGGAGUGUGCCAUGUCCCAGUGUCCGUCUCGCUCCAGCGACCACGGGGGCUUUUUACCUAACCCUGAUUCUCGAAAAAAAUCGGUUCCCGCCGGACAAGCUGACCGUAACAGAGCUGGCAGACUUCAGUCUCAUCAAUGGAGGACUGGACCAUGGGGGGCGUGUUCAAGUACCUGUGCUGGAGGAUUCCAGAGGCGUGUGGUGGUGUGUCAGGAUGAGAACGGCUUCCCUGCCAACAGCUGUGAUGAAAGCACUCAACCCAUAGAGCAGCGCUCCUGUGAGUCCGGCCCCUGCCCUCAGUGGUUCUAUGGCAGCUGGGGUGAGUGUUCAAAAUCCUGCGGAGGAGGGAUAAAGACCCGGUUGGUCGCUUGUCAGCGGCCCAACGGGGAGCACUUUAACGAUCUGAGCUGUGAAAUUCUUGACAAACCACCCGACCGAGAACGGUGCAAUACUCAGUCCUGCUCUAUUAACCCUGACUGGAGCACAGACCAACGGAGCUCGGUACGCUCGUAACUAUUUUAACUUUCUCCCUUCAUAAGUUCUCAUUCUCACAACACGCCAAUGUUUCUUUACACUCAAGACAUGAAGAAAACAAACUGAAACUCAGAUGGUUUGAUCUUUGAGUAAGCAAAUAGCUGGGUUUAACGUUUGCUGCUUAUCAGCGAGUUUCGGUUGCACUUAAAGAUCCACCAAACAUGCAGUCAAAUAUUGUUUUAGAGUGUUAUUUCCUGACUGAAAAAGUGAGCUUCUCUUUGGGCGAUGUGUUUGUUUGAAUGCUGUUUUGUUUGAUUUUUUUUCCCUAUUUAAUUUUCUAUGUUAGGUUUCUUUUGCCCAACGCAGCUGUACUUUGGAUAAAUACAAAUCAUUGUGACGCCCUUUGUUGUGGCUUAUAUAUAAUAUAGUAUAUAGUAUUUCGAAUACAUGGGCAGCAAUACUUGCUCCACUUUAGAGCUGAAACAUCUGGCCACAGGCAGUUUACUUUAUUAUAUUGAAACUAUCUCCCUGUGUUUUUCUAUAGCUCUUCAUAAUUCGUUUCUCAUGAUUUUUUUUUUCAACUAUACCUCACAUGAACUCAGCUAGCCAUUGAACUUUUUCAAAUUUAUG